GGCCUGGGAGCACUCGACGCAGUGGCCGGCGCCUACAGAGCCCUACCCAGCCGCUGCCCCUGCAGAGACCUCCAACUACUUGGCAAUCCCCGACAGAGCCCCCAAAUCCACGCUGAUGCCGAAGCUGUCCUCGGUCCCCAACCCAGGCAGUGCAUCCUUUGGGACCCCCUUUGUCCCCAGCCCAGCCAGCGCCUCUUUUGGGGCUCCAUCAGCCCCCGACCCAGGUGCUGUGUCCUUUGGGACCUCCAUGGUCACCACUGUGACCAGCUCAUCCUUUGGCUAUCCAUCAGCCUCCAGCCAGGCCAGCACAUCACUUGGGAACCCCUUGGUUUCCAACUCCAACAAGUCUUUUGGGGCACCUCUGGUGCCCAACCUGUGCAGCACAUCCUUCGGGAACCCCCUGCUCCCAAAUCCAUCCAGUGCAUCCUUCCAGAACCCCUUGAUCCCAAAUCCAUCCAGUGCAUCCUUUGGGAACCCCCUGCUCCCAAAUCCAUCCAGUGCAUCCUUUGGGAAUCCCUUGAUCUCAAAUCCAUCCAGUGCAUCCUUUGGGAAUCCCUUGGUUCCAAAUCCAUCCAGUGCAUCCUUUGGGAACCCUUUGAUCAGCAACCCAGUCCCCAUUUCGCUUGGGCGUCCAUCAGCCUCCCACAUGGCCGGCUCUUUCUUUGGAUCCCCUUUUGUCCCCAGCCCGGCCAGCGCUCCGCUGGGAUCUGGUGCCUAUCCCCUUCCUGCCGGGGAAGUGCCCUGGAGCAAGCCCAGCCCUGAGCCCCCCCUGCCCCGACCCCCUGAGGGCCCGGCUGCUGUGGAGCCCCCGGGCCAGCCCCACCUGGAGGAUGCUCCUCAUUUCCUCAGGAGCACCGACGGCCCCUCUCCGAGUGGGAGGAGCAGGCAGAGCCCCCCCAGGCCCUUCCCGGCGCAGCGGAGGAUGCUCGUGGAUCCCAGCAGCGGGAAGUGCUACUACAUGGAGCCGCCGCGGCAGCCCCAGAUGAAAACGCUCUACGACCCCGAGACCGGGCAGUACCUGGAGGUGCUGGUCCCACCGGUGGCAUCACACACCGG